AACGGUGUUUUUUCUGGCGGUCCAGGAGGAAACUUUUCCGGGGCCCACACGGCAACGGACUCGUCGCGUUUUAAUUUAAUUUGGUUCGAUCGCGUGAACCCAGAAGAAGUGGAAGAGAGAGAAAAAGAGCUAAACUGCGCGAAGAGCGCCUCUGGUGUGUAUAUGUUUGCGUGUGAGGUAGGCGAGUGCUUUUGCAAAGCGGUAAUCGACGCUGGACGUCCAUGAUUGGGUGAUUGGGUUUCCGUUCCCCGAGUCGUGAAGAGGGAGUGCUUGCGCGCGCGCGUGUCUGAAGGGAGAGAGGGAAUAUUGUGCAGGGAAGUAUCGUGCUACUUCCCACACUCUCCUCCGUACGCCUUUCGCCCUCUUGUGUGCACCUCUGUGAGUUUCCGGCGGUAUGGAUGCCUCCACGUGGUGCGUGAUGCGAUGCGUUCUCACCUGGCUCCUGCUCACCUUGACGUGCUCCUGCGGGGUCGCCAGCGGCUCCAAUGAAACCACGGCACAAGUCACCGAAGCGGGGACGACAGUGGAGGCGGUCACUUUUGGCGCCGGACUGACGACGUUGGAUGAUACGUUCCUUUACCUGCGCGAUGCAAACAGCGAGGACUUGAAGGAUAAUGUCAUUCAAGUCGGGGCUCUGUUUGAAACAAAGGAGGACGCCAUCUUGUUCCAAGCAGCCGUGGACGUCGUCAACGAGGAUUCGAGUAUAAACAUGGAGCCAGACUUGCUUCCGCUCGUCGAACUGCUGCCGGAGGACGACAGCUACGAAGCGGUCAGGGACACGUGCCGGCUUCUUCUGCGGGGUGUGGGAGCCGUGUUCGGUCCCAUGUCUUCGGUGAGCAGCGAGCACGUCAGCGACGUCUGCAACAGCCUGAACGUGCCGCACCUGGAGACCCGCUGGGACCCGGCGCAGGAGGCGUACGACGACUCGCUCAACCUGUUCCCGGACCCCGCCAUGCUGGCCGAGGCCUACGUGGCCCUGAUGAGCCACUGGCAGUGGCGCUCUGUUGCCAUCGUUUACGAGGAGGACGAAGAAGUGGCCGAGAUGAAGGGCCUGCUGGAGGAGCUCCGCGAGGCCGACAUCGACGCGGACCACUACGCGCGCAACUCGACGGACUCCUUCCGUGACGUGCUCAAGCGCGUGCGCGAGGACGGCCACACGCACAUCUUCGUCGCCAUCGAGGAGGAGGACACCGAACCGUUCCUCAUGCAAGCACUCCAGAUCGAGAUGCUCAACGAUGACUACAGCUACCUGUUUCGCUCCCUGGACUUUCACAUGGCCGACCUGAGCGACUUCAUCUACAGCAAGGCCAACAUCACGGCGCUGAGAAUCGUGGACGUGGAUGAUCCCGUGGCUGCAGUGCUCGUCAAGAAGGUCGACGCACUGGAGGCGGAGAACGCGCCCCAGCCUACCGUGGCGGCGGCUGGGGAAGGAGAGGAGGAAGAGGAAGACUACGAGGGAGAUGACGACGACCAUGUGAAGUUCCCACUCAAGCUGUCUACUGACGCUGCCAUGCUAUACGACGCGGUGAAGCUUUUCGCCCUGAGCCUCAUCGAAUGGAAUGGCGGGAAGGACUCAGCGUUUCCUGCACUUGACUGCAGAGAGGACACAGUUUCGGACGACAACAACACUGACGAGCUCAUCGCAGUGAUGAAAAAGGUCCAGUUUGACGGACUUACGGGUAUGGUAAAACUUGACAACAAAGGCGUUAGGACCGACGUUAAGCUUUAUGUGACCGAACUCGGACUGGAUGGAUUGGAGGAGAUUGGAACUUGGUCGCCUACUACUGGCUUGAACAUCACCGAGGACGAGGUGGAAACUGACGAAGAUGAGGACGAAGUACUGCGGGUCCUAUCUGUCGCCGUGAGUCCGUUCAUGAUGGUAGAGGUAGUAGACGGAAAGAAUGUCUACAGUGGUUUCUGCGUCGACUUGCUUGACAAGCUGUCAGCGGAAAUGGACUUCAAGUACGAGCUCCAUGUUGUGGCGGACGGCAAACGGGGCUCUCAAAACGAUUCGGGACACUGGGACGGAAUGAUUGGAGAAGUGAUAGCCGGCAAAGCUGACCUGGCGCUAGCCGACCUGACCAUCACCGAGACCCGCGAGCGGGUGAUCGACUUCACUUUGCCCUACAUGACGGCGGGUCUGGUGGCGGUCUCAAAGAAAGGAGAACCCAGGAGCCCCGGCGGAAUUUGGUCGUUCUUCCUGCCCCUCACGCGAGAGGUAUGGAUUUACAUCCUGCUGGCCACGGCAUGCACCAUAUUCGUGAUGUACAUCAGCGCGCGGCUUAGCUUCCGCGAGUGGAUGUUGGUGGACGACGGGAAGGGUGGCGAGUGCAUGGAGAACCGCUUCAACCUGUUCAACUGCUUUCUGUUCGUGCUCACAACGCUGCUCCAUCAGAGAGUGAGCCUCGACCCCAGGGCACCAGCGACCCGUGUGUUGGCUGGCUUCUGGUACUUCUUCACUUUCAUCGUGCUGGCGAUCGUGGUGAGCAACCUGUGCGAGAGCAUCUUGUGGCAAGACAGCGGACCGGACUACGACUCCGUCGACGAGCUCAUGAAGACCCCCGGCUUCACCUACAUCGCCAUACGAGGUGGAAGCACACGCGCUUUUCUUGAGCACUCCAACGUCCCGCUGCACCAGAGGUUGUCGCAGUUCGUCGAACGCAGCGGACGCAACAACCCGGGCACGUUCGCAGAGGGUCUCGAUCGCGUCAAGAACGAGGAGAAAGUGGCCUUCAUCAUGGAGUACGCGACCGCCGCCUACGUCACGCAGAGCGACUGCGAGUUCACCAUGACCGACACGUUCGUCCACCACUCGGCCUACGGCAUCGUCACGGCGAGAGGCUCCGAAUACCGCAGCCUUCUUUCCGAGGGUAUUCUGAAGCUCCAGGAAGACGGGCGCCUGCAGUGGCUCCAGGAACGCUGGUGGAAGCCCAACCAGUACUGUGGCCAGGGUGACGACCUUGACGGUGACGGCGACGGGGACAGCGACGAGGAUGACGAGGAGGCGCACUCGCUCGAGGCGCGAGUUCAGAUUCGCCAGCUGACAGGCGCGGACCUUGCCGGCGCGUUCGUGAUCGUCUACGUGGGAUUCAUCAUCGCCGGCAUCGUCGCAGUUGGCGAGCUGUUCUACGUCUUCAGCACCAGGGCCAAGAGGGAGACGCACUUGAACUCCAUCGCCGUCUCAGACCACAUGAAGCAGGCUGGAUACGUCUGGAGGAAAUCGAUGGACCUGAGCGAGAUGACAAUGUGAUCGUGCUUCUUGCUCUUACAUUGUCAAGGGCUUCGAAGACGCCCCUUUCCGCGUGUCCUUCAACGAUAGUGCCUCGAGAGCACUUGUGAUUUAUUUGACAACGCAGUGUUUUUCAAGGUGUGCAUGUACUAUUCUGGCUUCCCUACCGAUUGAAAAAAGGGUUGCAGAAUGGUCGCCAAGCUUGAAGAAUUGAACAUGAAACGAUGUCCAUAUGCGAUACACUACCUGGUGUGCCACGUCACAAAAAGAAAGCUCAUGGUUUCAGCUUCCCAACACUUUUAAACAGGCUGCAUAAACAUGGCCACACGUGAGAGUUUCGUGGCACCGAAAAGCUACCGGCUUCGUUUUCCUAAAAUAUUCACUUGCGUUAAACUCCACAGUUUCAUGCAGUAAACAGAAGCAUCACACUCAGAUGGUUCCCGAUGCUAGAGACGGCAAAAUAAGCUUGGCGCUGCUAACUGUGGCAACAGGCAACGUAAAGGCACUGAGAUGGGUUCUUGCGCCAUAAUUUUUUGCCUUUGAACUGAUUGGUGAUUCAUAUAAAUCAUUUCUCGUCUUGUUGAUUGGCUCCGACUCUACACUCGAACAAAAGACAUCGCGGAGGCGCUUGUCUGUAUUACACUUUAUAUAAUUUAACGGGAAGGCUUGGAAAUUAUUUGGAGAGGAGGAUCGGGUGGCGGUGGAGUGAUACUUAUAACCCUGUGCUUCGCAGCAAAGCAGCAAAUUGGGACGUGCUGCGGAAAGGCACGCGACACUUGAUGGGACCGCUUGUUCGGCACGUCCACAUUUCGUGUCGAAAUUGUCAACAUGUAGGUAGCCCAGCUACGUGAUUGAUUUUCUCACGAUUACUCACGUAUCCUGGAUGCACGUUGUGGCGUCUCAAUCUACAUUAGACAAGUGUUGUGCGCCUUUAAUGCAGAGUGACGUGCGCCUUCGUAAAUUUCAAACGCCGCGCAAGAAACACAUAAACAUAAAGAAGACACGACAGACUUGUACGAGCGCUACUAUACCAACUGUUUAUUCCAAUCGGCACACCCUCCGAUUUUAUGAAGUGAGCCACGCCCAAGUGUCACGCCCCUUUUCCCAUGCGAAGGUGAUGAAAAGCAUAACUAAAAAAGGUAAAAGUGCCGCUGCCUGCUUUAGAUAGCAGAAUUCAAGAAGUCCAGUCCGGCACUGUGCAAAAGACCAACUAGCACAAAGACCAACUAGCCAAACAGAUGGUCCUUCUCCCAUGCGGCUAACGAAAUGAGUCGUAAAUUAUUGUGAUGCUUGUUUCUGGCGAUGCGAAGAAGCUUUACUGGUUCGAUACACAAAUACCGAUUCUUUUUGUUAGCAAAUCUGUGGCAUUAUGCGUGAUAUCAUAGCAAUUUAUGGGAUAGUCAAUGGGCACGUGACACAACAAUGAAACUGCCAGUACCCCGAAGGUUUGUUUGAGCAAACGAGUUGUACAUUGGGAGAUGAGAAAGAAUGUAAUAAACGAGUUAUUCGUUUGUUUG